GGCCAGCGGCGUGUCCUAAGUCUGCUCAGCUGUCUGGCUGGGGGGUGUAUUCCUGGCCACCUGCCUCCUGGACCUGCUGCCAGAUUACUUGGCAGACAUGAAUGCGGCGCUGGAAAAUAUGAAAAUCACACUGGCGUUCCCUCUGCCCGAGUUCCUGGUGGCCAUGGGUUUCUUUGUGGUGCUGAUCAUGGAGCAGCUGACGCUGGCGUGCCGUGACCAGACGGGCGGAGGCGGGGAUGAGACGCGGGCUCUGCUGGCGCAGGCCGAGAUCCCGCCCCCCCGGGGGGAGGACGGCUCCCACCCCCACCUCCACGUGGACCUCAACUCCCACUCGGCCAUCCGCUGCCUGGCCCUGGUGCUCUCCCUCUCCCUCCACUCGGUGUUUGAGGGGCUGGCGCUGGGGCUGCAGGAGACGGGCGCCAGGGUGGUGGAGAUCUGCGUGGCCCUGUCCGUCCACAAGUGCGUGGUGGCCUUCAGCCUGGCGCUCAAGCUGAUGCAGAACCGGCUGCGCUGGUCGGCCGUGGUGGGCUGCGUGCUGACCUUCGCCGCCAUGUCACCCUUGGGCAUUGGCCUCGGCAUCGCCCUGACCCAGGACUCCAGCCACCAGCUGACCAGGGCCGUGCUGGAGGGCAUGGCCACCGGCACCUUUGUCUACGUCACCUUCAUGGAGAUCCUGCCCCACGAGCUCGGGGCCUCGCAGCAUCGACUGUGCAAGGUCAUCAUGCUCAUCCUUGGCUUCUCCCUCGUCACUGGGGCCCUCUUCAUCCAGGUGUAGGCCCAGGGAGGAGGGAGAGG